AUGGACGAGGAUUUGCUUGUUUUACUAGACAGUCCAAUCCUGAGAUGGGAGGUGUUGAACACUAGAGAUGGUGUGCACGAAAUAAAUAAAAACAGAGGAAUUACUGGUGAAUUUUUUAACUUGUAUCAAGAACUGAGAUUAUACCCUACAAAAUUCUUUGAGUACACUCGAAUGCCCUUGUCAACAUUUGACUACAUACUAAGUAAAAUAUCACCUAAAAUCACCAAAGAAGAUACUAACUUUCGCAAAAGUAUUAGACCUGAGGAGAAAUUGUUCAUAACUCUGAGGUUUUUGUCAACAGGAACUGGAUUUAGAGCAUUAGCUUAUAGUUUUCGUAUGGGGAAAAGUACCAUUGCGUCUAUAGUGCACGAAACAUGCCGUGUUUUAUGGACUGAGUUAGUUCCUAUUCAUAUGCCGAUACCAACAGAACAACGCCUGAAAGAUAUUGCAGAAGACUUUGAAGCUACCUGGAAUUUCCCACACUGCAUCGGAGCAAUUGAUGGGAAACAUUGUGAAAUAAAAAAUCCACCUAAAUCUGGAUCAGCACAUUGGUGCUAUAAAAAAAGAAAUAGCAUUGUCAUGCAAGCUGUGGCUGACGCAAAAAGGAAAUUUGUGGCAGUCGAAGUAGGCGGUCGAGGAAAGCAAAGUGAUGGUGGUACUUUUAUUGCAUCAACGCUGUAUAAGCUUAUAGAAAAAAAUAAAUAUAAAAUUCCUAUGCCAAAGAGACUUCCAAAUUCUGACGUCAUUGCACCCUACGUCCUAGUGGGUGAUGAAGCUUAUCCGUUAAAACAUUAUUUAAUGCGUCCUUAUCCCGAGCGAGUACUUAAUAAUGAAAGAAAAUGUUUUAAUAUCAGAUUGUCUACCGCUAGACAAACAAUCGAAUGCGUAUUUGGCAUUUUAACUCGUAAAUGGUGA